AUGGCGCGCGGUUCUAGCGGCAUUGCCAAAUGGGCAAUUGCAUUACUGGCGGUUUUCCCGACAACAUCUCUCUCCAAUGGAUUUGACGGGGCCGAUAAGCCCGCCAGCGUGACACCGCACAAUGACCUUGGAACGUGCCGAGAAAACUGCGCAGAUCAGUCCUCCGCUUUGACAGUCGGGCCACCGGGCUGGUCUCAGCCAUCUGAAUCAGAGGAACCCAGCCAGGACGACGUGGAUGAUGAUAAUCCGCCGCCGGACUACGGUGUACAACACGACAAGAGAGGACAGGAUGAUGAGUGGGAGCGCAAUGGUCAAUGGGACCGUGAUGAUGACGACGACGACAACGACGACAACGACGACGAUGGUGAUGGUGGUGGUGGUGGUAAUGGUGAUGAUGACGGGGGCAAAGAGAGACGCACGAAUAAUCAUCAUCAUAAGGGCAAAAAUCGAAAGGGCGGCUGGCGUCAUCGACACAAGAUAAAGGUCUUGCCAUCCGUGAGGACCAUUACUCUGCCGUAUCUCGCACAUCUCUGGCCGUGGUGGGCACACAAAACCCGCUGGUCAACGCAUCAACCCGAAUGUGAGGGCUGCAUGGCCACCGUAUACUGCCAUGAGCCAAACCGCAUUCCAUACGUCACCAUCACCGUUUUUGAAACCAGACCUGCUCCUGCAGUCGAGACUCACAAGCCCAAGUGUCGUGCUUGCAAGGGCACAAUCACCAUUUUCCAAAUUGAAUCACCAUACGCACCACAGUCCAAAAACGACGACGACGACGACGACGACGACGACGACGACGACGACGACGACAAGCACCCACGAGCGUGA